UGAGCUUUCCACGCGCCAAUACUGACGACAAACACAAAAGUCUCUGCCUGUGAAAAAAAGAUCUUUGAUUCGUGAGGGAUAAAGAUAAACCAGUGUGGUUUUUUCCCCGAGAAUCUGAGAGUUUUCCCGGAAACCCAGUUGGAGAAGAUGCACGAUUUUUGCUUCACGAUCCCUUACGGGUUGGUGCUGAUUGGCGGAGGAGUUUUUGGAUAUUUCAAGAAGGGGAGCACGGCUUCUUUGGCUGGGGGCGCGGGCAUCGGAUUGCUCCUCACUCUUGCUGGAUAUAUCAGUCUCAAAGCCUUCGAGAAGAAGAAGAACUCGUAUCCUGCUUUGAUUCUCGAAACGGUUUGUGCUGCCCUACUUACGUGGGUCAUGGGACAGCGCUAUCUGCAUACUUUUAAGAUCAUGCCAGCUGGUGUUGUUGCCGGUAUCAGUGCACAGGAGCGUUUCCAAAUUUUGUGUGUCAUCAGUCUGUCAGGUGUUAGAAGUAACCUUAUGCAUCCGCGUUGUCAUGACUGGAUUUUAUGUGUACAAAAUUGCAACGGGUGGAAACCAUAUUCCGGCCAAGACCAAGUAAUGGUAUUUGAGGACUUACUGCCAAAACUUAUAAGCUGACAUAUUUAAAUUACACCCUUCCACUUCCACAUGCCCAUAUUUGAUGUUACCAAGCUGUUUGUCAAUCCAAUAUCACUAGAUACUGUGCUAUCAGGUGUGUCAGUGUGUGUACAAAACGAAAGACUCGUCUGAAAUUUGUCGAAAUCUUGUUUCAUUCAUUGCCUCGUCCUUUGUUUACCGUACUUUUAAUCGAAUCAAGUGUAAUAGACCCUUUGAUUUCUUUGUUUAGCCAACUCUUGUUUAAUGGUCGAGGGGAACAGCCUUCAGUGCAUGGGAUUAUAACCCUAGUUUCUCAUGAAUUGAGGUAAAAUUCUGCUU